UCAGUCUCUCCCAAGAUGGCGGACCUACUGGGCUCCAUUCUGAGCUCCAUGGAGAAGCCUCCCAGCCUCGGUGACCAGGAGACUCGGCGCAAGGCCCGAGAGCAGGCUGCCCGCCUGAAGAAACUACAGGAGCAAGAGAAACAACAGAAAGUGGAGUUUCGUAAAAGGAUGGAGAAGGAGGUGUCAGAUUUCAUCCAAGACAGUGGGCAGAUCAAGAAAAAGUUUCAGCCAAUGAACAAGAUAGAGAGGAGCAUACUACACGAUGUGGUAGAAGUGGCUGGCUUGACAUCCUUUUCCUUUGGGGAAGAUGAUGAGUGUCGUUAUGUCAUGAUCUUCAAAAAGGAGUUUGCACCCUCAGAUGAAGAGCUGGAAUCCUACCGUCGUGGAGAGGAGUGGGACCCCCAGAAGGCGGAGGAGAAACGGAAGCUGAAGGAGCUGGCCCAGCAGCAGGAGGAGGAGGCAGCUCGGCAGGGACCUGUGGUGGUGAGCCCUGCCAGUGACUACAAGGACAAGUACAGCCAUCUCAUCGGCAAAGGGGCCGCCAAGGACGCAGCCCACAUGCUACAGGCCAACAAGACCUAUGGCUGUGUGCCCGUGGCCAACAAGAGGGACACACGCUCCAUUGAAGAGGCCAUGAAUGAGAUCCGAGCCAAGAAGCGUCUACGGCAGAGUGGGGAAGAGUUGCCACCUACCUCCUAGGCACCUCAGCUCCCUUUGGUCCCGGGGCAGGGCAGGGAGGGACAAGGCUGCUGCUAAUAGAACCCAUCCUGGAGCCCCAACCUCUGAACCACCUCCCUCCAGCUCUCACUCAGGCUGAGGGAGCAGGUGUUUGAUGUGUCACUGCUGGGGCCUGGGUAUGUACGUGGUAUGUGUAUACAUGGGCGUGUGUGUGUGUGUGUGUGUGUGUGUGUGUGUGUGUGUAAGAGCGUGAAUGCACAGGUGGGUAUUUAAUCUGUAUUAUUCUCCAUUCUCUUUGGAAUUUUCUUCCCCAUGGGGUUACUUCACAUUCAAUAAACACUGUUUGACCCAAUGUCCUGGUUUAUUUGUGCAGAGAAAGGUGGGUCCUGGAGCCACUGACAGAGAGGAAGGGGAAUCAUUUUAGGUCGAACAGCAUAAAAUUGCUGUUUUUGUAGGUCAGAGAUGACCAGAUAUUGGUUUUAUAAAAUUUAGUAUUUUA